UCUCGCAGGCUCCUCUCAUCCCUCCCAUUCUCCAUUUCCCUCCUUGGCAGGGUGUAAUUGAGUCAAGACAGGAUCAGGUUCCCCGCCCUCCCGUCCAAAAAUCCCGCCAAGGAAGCCCCAGAGCACAAGAAAAUCCAAAGUGGAGAGAGGGGAAGAAAGAAAGCACUGAGUCAUCCGUCCAGAAGGGGGGGAAAGCGCAGCCGCCCAGGCUCCAGGAGCAGCAGUCAGUACCUGGAGUCCGCUGCAGAAACCUCGCCCGCACUGUGCAACAAAGGCAGCCUGCUAGUCAGCGAGGACACCUGCCAGCCAAAAAAUGUCGCCCCAACAGUACCAGCAGCAACGUCGAAAAUUUGCAGCGGCCUUCUUGGCAUUAAUUUUCAUCUUGGCAGCUGUGGACACUGCUGAGGCCGGGAAGAAAGAGAAGCCAGAAAAAAAGGUGAAAAAAUCGGACUGUGGAGAGUGGCAGUGGAGCGUGUGUGUGCCCACCAGUGGGGACUGUGGCCUGGGCACCCGGGAGGGCACUCGCACUGGCGCCGAGUGCAAGCAAACCAUGAAGACCCAGAGAUGUAAGAUCCCUUGCAACUGGAAGAAGCAGUUUGGAGCUGAGUGCAAAUACCAGUUCCAGGCUUGGGGAGAAUGUGACCUGAAUACUGCCCUGAAGACAAGGACUGGAAGUCUGAAGAGAGCUCUUCACAAUGCUGACUGUCAGAAAACUGUUACCAUCUCCAAGCCUUGUGGCAAACUCACCAAGACCAAGCCUCAAGCAGAAUCAAAGAAGAAGAAAAAGGAAGGCAAGAAACAGGAGAAGAUGCUGGAUUAAAAGAUGCCACCUUCUGUGGACCGGAAAAGGACAUCAGCAAACAGGACCAGUUAACUAUCACAUUUAUACCUACUGUAGGCUUUUUAUUCAACAGUUAUCUGUAGCUUAAGUACAUGAUAGGCAAAAACAAAAGAAUUUUUUUGCAGUAGCAUUUUUUAAAAAAUAUAUACCAUAGUACCAGUAGGGGCUUAUAAUAAAGCACUGUAAUACUAUUUAGGAAGUUGAGCUGUAGUACAUGAUUGGUGGUAGGAUUGAGGUAAGAUUUUUUUUUGAAGUUAUGUGAUGUUGAUGUUUCACAUUCAAUUUUUUUUUUCAUUUCCCCCCUUGGGCAGCAAUUUAAAAGUUACAACCAUGUAAACUACAUCUCUUGUUGGAUAGACUUCACCUAGACUUUUCCCCCCAAUUGAGGAAAAUAUGUACUAAACAAAGCAGCAAUAAAAUAUAAUUGUUCUA